UCUUCCGGAAUUAAGAACUACAAAAACUAAUUUCACCUGUCCUCAAAAUGGGUCAAUGUUUCAGCAGUGGAAAAGUUCCAGUGGCGUCAACAUCAAGAAAGGACCCGGAGCAGAAAAAACUGAAAAAACCUCUCCACAAAAUGGAUCAAGUUUCGAGCAGUGGAGAAGAUCCAGUGGCGUCAACAUCGGGAAAGAACCGGGGUCCAAGCUCAGAGAUCACCGAGCUCCUGGCAAGCUGGAACGAUUUCCAGCUGCUGCAGUUGACGGACUUCUACCGGGACAGGCUGGAGCAGGCGAUGGAAGGAGGGGUGCACGGAGUGAGCCUGGCGUUAACGGCCGAGAAUCAGUUCAGUGGAGAGGAACAUCGGAAAAUCUCUGAUCUCGCUGAUAAGGGAGAGUGGGCGGACAGUUCUAAACUCCUCCUGAGCCUGGUGAUGGAGAAAGGCUCCCGCGCCCGGAGGGUGAUGUGGGAAACCUUUGUGAAAAUGCGGAUUGGUGUCCCAAAGUUGGACAAAAUACUGAAAGAAAUACAGGAACAUGGUUGUGUACCGGUCCAUCAACCCUUACCGGAGAUUCCCAGGGAGCUGAAAGAACUUCAGCAGAAACACAAGGAGAGUCUGCGGGAACAACCUGAAACACUGAGAGUGAACACGAUCCUGAUGAGGGAGAAGGUGAAGGUUUUCCAGCUGGUUGAUCGAUACGCUGAGCUCACGGUGAUUACUACUGUUCGAGACUGGAGACUGGUGGAACAUGAGCUGCUGGCAAGAGGCAGAGACCACGAGGAGUGGAGACACAAACAUCUGUGUGACCAGCUGGAAAUACUCCGGAGUGAUCAGUUGUUCCUGAGAAGAUUUUCACGGAAUAAAUCCACAUCUGCGAUUUUGGCAGCAGUAGCCGGAGUCGCGGGGAUCGGGAAAACAACAAUGGUACAAAAGAUUGUACAUGACUGGGCCACGGGGAAAAUAUACCAACAGUUCCAGUUUGUCUUCAGUUUCAAAUUCCGAGAUUUAAACUCCAUUAACUGCAGAAUAAACCUGAGGGAACUGAUCCUGGAUCAGUAUCCUUACUUUGGGAAUUUCCUGAGAGAGAUCUGGAAGAACCCAGAGGGAUUGCUCUUGAUAUUCGAUGGUUUGGAUGAAUUCAAAGACAAAAUUGAUUUUGCUGACAGUCAGAGAGACACAGAACCUCAGCCCACAGGCACAGAUCCUGAAUUCAAGUGCAAGGUGUCUGACAUUGUGUACAGUUUAAUCCAGGGCAAGCUGCUCCCAGGGUGUUCAGUGCUGGUGACCACCCGUCCGACUGCGUUACAUUUAUUGGAAAAGGCAGAGAUCAGUAUCUGGGCUGAAAUCCUGGGAUUUACUGAUGAGGAACGGAAGGAAUAUUUCAUCAGACAUUUUAAAGAUCAGACUGUGGCGGAAGCUGUUUUCAAACACGUGAAGGAGAACGAGAUCCUGUACACCAUGAGCUACAACCCCUCCUACUGCUGGAUCCUCGCUCUGGCACUGGGCCCCUUCUUCACACAAAGAGUCAGGGACCCGCAGCGAGUUCCCAAGACCAUCACCCAACUGUACUCCUACUAUAUUUACAACAUCCUGAAAAACCACCGCCGUGAGAUUGAGAACCCCCGUGAUGUGUUACUCAGAGUUGGUCAGUUGGCCUUCAGAGGAGUGUCCGAGAAGAAGAUUGUGUUCACAGAUCGAGAUUUGAUCAAGUACAAUCUGCAGCCUUCCCAGUUCCUAUCCGGGUUCCUGAUGGAGCUUUUGGAGAGAGAGGAUUCUGCCCGGAGCGUGGUGUACACAUUCCCGCACCUCACCAUCCAAGAGUUUGUAGCUGCAGUCGCACAAUUCCUGAAUCCCCAUCCCGGGGAUAUCCUGAUAUUACUCACUGAAGCCCAGAACAUGACAGAUGGGCGAUUUGAGGUAUUUCUCCGUUUUGUUGCUGGUCUCUCCUCCCCAAUGACAGCUUGGGGCCUAGAGGAGUUUCUGUGUCCACCUCUACAUCAAACAACCUACCGAGUGAUUGACUGGAUGAGGGAGGAGGUUAAACGUCAGAGUGGAAACACAUGUAGUGAAGCUGGUAAAAGGAGCCUCCUGAACACAUUGCACUACCUGUUUGAGUCUCAGAAUCGUGGACUGGCUCAGGCCGCACUGGGAUCUGUGGAAACACUUUCAUUCAGUGGAAUGCCACUGACCCCGAUUGACUGCGCGGUCCUGUCUCAUGUCAUCGGACACUGUGAUACAAUAAAACACCUCGACCUGGAGAACUGCCACAUUCAGUGUGAAGGAAUCCAGCGGCUGGUACCCGGGCUGCACAAGUGCCUGGAGUUGCGACUUGGGCUUAAUGACCUGGGAGAUUUAGGAGUGAAUCUGGUGUCUGCGGCUCUGAUGAACCCGGAGUGUAAAAUACAGAAAAUGUGGCUGGACAAUGUCAAGCUCACAGAUUCUGGUGCCAAGGAUCUCGCCUCCGCUCUCAGUACAAACCCAUCACUGACGGAGCUGAACCUGACUGACAAUGAACUGAGAGAUUCAGGAGUUAAACUGGUGUCUGCGGCUCUGAGGAACCAGGAGUGUAAAAUACAGAAACUGUGGCUGAGGAAUGUCGGUCUCACAGAUUCUGGUGCCGAGGAUCUCGCCUCUGCUCUCAGUACAAAACCAUCACUGACGGAGCUGGACCUGAGUGAGAAUGAACUGGGAGAUUCAGGAGUUAAACUGGUGUCUGCAGCUCUGAGGAACCAGGAGUGUAAAAUACAGAAACUGUGGCUGAGGAAUGUCGGUCUCACAGAUUCUGGUGCAGGCGACCUCGCCUCUGCUCUCAGUAUAAACCCAUCAAUGACGGAGCUGGGCCUCGGCUGUAAUAAACUGGGAGAUUCAGGAGUGAAACUGGUGUCUGCGGCUUUGAGGAGCCUGGAGUGUAAAAUACAGAAACUGUGGCUGGACAGUGCCGAUCUCACAGAUUCUGGUGUCGAGGAUCUCUUCUCCGUCCUCAGUAUAAACCCAUCACUGACGGAGCUGGACCUGAAUGGUAAUAAACUGGGAGAUUCAGGAGUGAAACUGGCGUCUGCGGCUCUGAGGAACGCAGAGUGUAAAAUACAGAAACUGGGGCUGGAGCGUGUCGGUCUCACAGAUUCUGGUGCCGAGGAUCUCGUCUCCGCUCUCAGUACAUACCCAUCACUGACGGGGCUGAAACUGGGACUAAACUCGCUGACAGACGGAUCAGUCCCCGCUCUCCGCCGCCUCAUACUGAACCACCAGAGGCUGAAGUGGAUCGAGUUGCUGAAGAAUAAGUUCAGUGAGACCGGGGAGAAGGAACUGAGACCUCUGCGGGGAGUCAGACCCGGACUGACAGUGGCCGUGUGAACAUCUGAAUGAGUGAACACCCCCACCCAUGGGAUGGCAACAUUUUGUCCGAUUCGCCGCCCUCCCCUUUAACUCCCGCCCUUAACUUAAUUGAGGCACACCGGGGGUAAUUCCCAACAGUUUUAACGGAACCUGCUCCAGUCUUGAGCUCGGUGACAUCGGAAGCGGUCCAUCGUGACGUAUAUCUGCCUGUUGUCCGGCGGAACAGCUUCGGCCGGAUGUGCGGGCUCGAGACUUCGCCACUUGAGACUCUGGGGAAUCACACAGACAGGAAGAGCCCGGGAUCCGGGACUCAGUCUGGAAUAGCGGUGUCCCGGGGUGAUUACCCCGGGAGAGAAUCCUUUUGCUCCCUUUGCUGAGGACGGUGCAUUCGGCAGUCUGGCCGAUAUAAUGAGGUUAAAUGGACAAUUACCUCGGCAGUGACACUGGAUCUGCAGCGAUAUCGGACACGACCCUGAAGUGUGAUUUUAUAAUCAUCGGUUCCCCGAUGCAGAGUGACGGUGAGAAACGGGACUGAUUAUUCAAACUGUCACUCGUUGUCGCCAGUCAGUUAAUUGUGUUUGACUGUGAGUGAGUCGAUUUACAUUUGUCGUGACGAAAUCAAUAAACCGCUGUAACUUCCUG